GUCGCGACGGAUCUCCCCUCAGUUCAUCAGCCAAUCCCUGCAGGAGGCCGCCGCCACCAGCGCCGUGUGUAUCCAGGACGCACGGGACCCCAGCACCAGCCUAGGUGCCUACAGCCUGCUGCUGCGCACACACACAGGCAGGACUAUGCUGGAGUUCCAGGAGACGAUGACAGUGUUUCAGUUGUUACAUUGGAAUGGAACGUUGAAGGCCCUGAGGAAGAGGCAGUGUUCCAGACAGAGUGUGAUUGGCUAUUACUCUCAGUGUGGGCUGGACGCGAGCCUGCGCAGCAGCAUGGCUCUGGAUUGGCUGGGCCGCGAACAGCGUUGCCCAGGGCGACUGAGCGAGGAGCUCCGCGUGGCCCAGCGAGAGCUGGGAUUGGCCCGUCGCCGUGGCGUCGAGCUCCGCUUCUACAAGGAGAAGACCCAGAUCCUGACCUUGGCUCUCAGCCAGGCGGCCCUCAGCCAGGCGGCCCCCAGCCAGGGGGCCAUGCCACUGGGACCCCCCAGCCCGGAGCGGGGCCACACGGACGCUCACACCCAGGAAGAGCUGCCUCUACGCAUCUUCCACAGCCAGGAAACCCUGAGGCUUCAGACCCCUCCAUGCCGGCCCUCCACCGAGGCCCACACCCACACACAGCCCCAAAACUCCAAGUUCAAAUCCCACUGCUGAUGGCGCCAGAGAUGUGUUGUCUGGUGUGGGGGUUGAGAGGGGGUGUGUACGUGUGUGUGUGUGUUUGUUUGGGGGUGAGCGGGAGUGACAUUCUAUAGUGAUACACCAUAAAUUAUAGUGAUAUUGGGCCAGGAGAAGUAUGACCCCAGAUUAUUGCUCCAUACCCCGUUGACACAACUUGAAUAAAUAUCUCUGUGAUAUAUUGUUAUUGUGCUAAGAGGGCUUAAGGGACCCAAUAGAGGACUCCAAAGCACACACAUGUACACACUUUCCCUAGCCUUUGCCUGGUUUGAACUGGCAGGUGCAAGGUAUUAAAAUUAUAAAGGGAAUCUAUAGGUGUCACUGUCAUCGUUCCAUGUAGAUUUGUGUAAAUAAACGUUUUAAUUACUCUGGUCGUCUGUAUUUAUUCUGACUGAAAGUUUCUGAGGCAUGUACACUGUACAUUUCUCCGUUUGAUUGAGGCAAGAUACAAGUCGCCUAUACAAUUUGCAUAUUGAUAA